CGAGAAGUUUGCGUGUGCGUCAUUUCAGGCCAACACAGUGCAUGUUGACGGAGCUGCGUAACCGGGCUUGACCAGUCGCGGACAGUGACAUCGCAAAGCAGCUUCCACACGGCUGCGAACACCUUUAUGUCACAGUCCACCGAACCCCAAUCCACUCGGUAGAAUGGAGUCUCCGUCGAACUCAGCGGGUCAGAUAAUGAUCACCAAAGAUAACUUAACCAGUCCAUACCAAAGAAACUUGUCAACAUCUUCCUCAUCUUCGAUUCUCGUUCACGUACUUCGAUGUUGUGAAUGUGGUUUCGAAACCAUUGUCCGCGAUCGAUUUGAUACACACAAUCCCUGUGCGAACACGAUUGACUCAUUUCGAUUGUAUACCUGUUCGCGUUGUGGGGCUUGUUCUACUUCGCAGACGCUGAUGAACGAACACGGCGACUUGUGUCAUCCGGAGCAAACGUGCCUUAUUGAAGAGACCAUCGAACCAUUCAGGUCUAACCACAGACAGUCGAGUUGUGCAUCCAACCACCGAGAAAGGCAGCUGAAAACGAUCAAACCCAAAGCCAGUAUCAGUCCAGUAAGGGAAAAGCUAUGCACCACACAAACAUCCGGUCCUCAGAAUGAGGCUUCGGGUAACGAUACCUACAUGAACUCAUUCAAAGACUUCAUAAGCCGUUUCAACGCUUUGGGCAAGCAGAUGUCAAAAGAUUUUCUGUUUAAUGCCGAUGCUAGUGCAACGCUUUCGUCCCUGGGCAAUGAUUCACUAUGCCCGAUUUGCAACCAAUCUAUCGGACAAGGGAACAGGGAAGAGCUGAUCAAACAUUUGGCAUUUGUGCACCUUCUUCCAAUCCCGUCCAUACUCAACUACAUUACCGCGACAGCAACAGGAAUGCAGAUAGGCCAAGAGAAGGCUAGUCUGUCACGUUUGCCCGUUCUUGAAACACCAACGCCACUUGAAUGUGCAGAGAGGCUGAACGUCACCAGGGAAUGGUAUAAUUCCCAGACAAACACAUCACAGUCUCCUCCACUUAUCCCUGAAAUGGGAAAUUCAUCUCAGAGUCGACCGACAGAACGAAUUUUGAAGAAGGAUCAAACGACUGAAGGGCAAAAUAACCGGACGGACAAAGCUUCCCUCAGACCUCCAGAUGAAGUACCUUCAAAGGAUACCAGAUGCUCCAUGGGACCAAAUCUAAGCUGCCCCCAGUGCUGUGCAGGAUUUUCCAGCAUGCAUCAACUGCAGCUGCAUUUCUUGCAGGAACAUGCCCAAACACUCGAAAGUAUAUUUCAUCUUGGCAACGCAUUUUCGGCUGGACGUUUCCCGUUCAGCCUGCCAGGACCAGUUUUACCUCCAUUCUACCCACAACCAUAUAUAACUCCCAAACAAGAUGAUUUUGGACCAAGUCACCAAGGUCCAACUCCUCUUCAGAACCCCUGUCUGCUUCAACCACCCAUUCAGCACACCACGCGUUCGGAUCUCGUCAGGCCCGAUUUAACUGGUCUAACCGCAUUGAACCCCUUCGGCUCUCCGCCUUCACAAAUGAUGAACUUACAACUUACCGCUGCGGCACAUGCUUUAGGUUUUCCGUUCAGCUCCGUACUCAUCCCAGAUGGAGCAAAUAACUGUGUGCAAGACGAGAAACGCCCAGCUAGGCGCGGUGAUGACAAGCUGUUGGACUGCAACCAAUCACGUGUGAUCAACGGUGGUCCAAUUCACACGGAACCGAAACGAGCUAGGAUGCAAACCGGUGUCGAGUCAACGAACCCGUUCACCCAAGAUUGUCCACCUACUGGAGCAACUUCUUCAGAUAUAUCCUUACCACCCUGGCUCUAUAAUAUGAGUUCCGCGGUAAAGAGCAGAGCAGCUCACUUUUCUGGCCCAACAACAACUUCAACAUCAGCAACAGUGCAUGCAGGCAGUAAACCUACAGACUACAGUCAAUACACCGCAGCCCGAACGGAUCAAUUAUUUCCACUUCCCCCAGUUCCGCAUUUUCCAUUCUCCGACACUAUUGAUUCGUUUCCGACAGUAAAUGCGUCCAUGCAACAGCAAAUGUCAAACUCCAGUGGUUCUGGCGGCAAGCUGGAUCAACCAAUGUCAAAUGGCUCAUCUCAAGACGGUGCAAGCACUCAUCUUGCUCAGAGUGGUGGUCGUAUACACAGCAUCAGCUCACUGGCCCUAUCAGGUCUGUCGCAGUCACUGAAGUCUGAUUCACUUGGUGGAGAUUCGACGAACGAUAAUGAAGCGGUCAGUACGGUUCGACUGCGCCCCUCCACGAAAGGUACAAUAGGGAUGUUGAGUAAAGCAAUCAUAGAAUCUGUACCCACUCGUGGCGAAGGUCAAACCAACACAAUGAAUGGUAUCGUGCACAACACGUUGCGCAAGACGAGGUCAGAUAUGAAAGUUAUUCACCGCUAUUUGGUCCAAGUGAAGCACGAUACACGGGACAUUCAUCAGAUUCCGUAUUACGAGCUUGACCAGUACAUUCAAGAUUUUGUACUGACCGCAAAGAAGAAGGACGGACAUGAAUAUGAACCGGAAUCACUGAAGGCUUUCGUGCAUUCUUUAGAACGACACUUGAAACUUAUCACCAACCGCUUUCUUCUUCAGCACCACGGCUAUCCUCAUUCAGUACUCAAAGGUACGGCAUUCACAGGGACGCGGACUGUACUCAACCAACGACUGAAUGAGCUACGUGCACUCAGUCGAUCGAGUGGGGGGUCUACAAUUGGAAGUUACCCAUCCACUGUAGGUGUCGGUGGUGUUAGCGUUGCUGGAAAACGACCAUUGGACGCCACAGUAGAAAUACUGGCUGGGACGCAGCCAAGUUUGGCAAAAAGGAUAUCCAGUGGCAAAUCAUUUACCCCAGUUGGUCUCAUACAAGCUGGACUACUUGGAAAAGAUAACCCACAGGCAAUUCUGAAUAGCUUGUGGCUAAUCAACCGAACACAAUUCAACAUUGGUGGAACUCAGAGACACCGCAACUUGGUCUGGGGUCAAUUUCAAUUAAUUACAGAUGAUGCAGGCGCUAAAGCAAUUAAGUUCACUCCUCUGUUUGAGUCGGCUGAAGUUCGAUAUUGUCGAGGCUAUGGCGGCAGUAAGGGUGCGGAUGUAACCUGUCGAUCUUCCAGCUCCGCGCAGACUUUAAGCUGUACAGGAGCGGCAAAGCGUCAACCACUUCCAUUCAACUGCGUAGAGCUCUUUGAAUUGUAUGCGAAUCUUCGACCACCAGAGGCCCGCGGCGUCUCAGAACCGUUUUACUUGUGCCCAGAUCCAGGUUGGGAGCAGAACCGCACUUGGUUUAAGACCAACGCAGCUGGAUCCCAACUUCUUUCAAGAAUACCACGCUUGUUGGGUUUGAAGCCCACACGUGAGCCAAUACAGCCCAUUUUGUUGUCCAUGAUGUCGUCUGAACAGUCUCACAAUGACCCGUAUGAUCUGAAUAGAGAGGGGGUCUUUGAAACCAGAGACAAACUUCAUCCCAUCUCCAUUGUCAGAUCAUCUCCCUCGCUUCAAGAUAAACUUUCACUUGAACGGCAACAACAUCCAUCAUCACUAAGUGGAAACUUCCCUCCACUGUGUCCUCCAAACUUGUCUCCGAAUAUUUUCCACCUAUUUCCGUUCAUGUUUCCUCCCACAUCAGACACCCCAUCAAUACCCACAAUAGGUAGCACUCAGCACCCUUACUUUCUACCUCCCAACAUCUAUUCAGCUCUUUCUAAUUUGACACCUCAAUCUGAUUUUGACUACCCAUUCCACAACAAAAGCAGCAAAUCAGAUACCUCGUUAGAACAACAAGAGGCUGAUGAUCUGAGUAGAUCAGGACUAUCGAGCCUACGCAACAUGGGAAAGUCUACCGAAUCCCCAGAACAACAACCCAACUCGUCGCGUUCGCAGCCUGAAGCGGACAUAGCUACCUCUAGCUCUGACUGCACCCCAUCGCCAACAAAUGCAGAGAACUUGUCACUUUCAAACGCAUCACCAGUGUUACUUUGUCCGGCCUUGGGAAGGGCCCAUAGUCCUCAGCAAGAAUCAGCGCAUCAGAUGACGAAGAUGCAAAAGACUUCCAGUACACUCUGUACUGUGGAGUCUUACAGUUCGCCUAAUUCUAACGAGUCUCACACCUCCUCCAGGCCACAUUCAGCGGCAAGUCCUUCAAAUCGAUCAGCCUCUUCUUGUCCUGCAGGGCACCAGGCAGUCACUUCGGAUUACGUCCGUUCAACCUCCUCAAGUCCCCACUCAGUUGGUCACAAUAUGCCGACAGACACAAGUUCAAAUUGGCCCCAAGAUGUCCUGAACCUAGCACGCUGUAAACAAGAAGGUUCUAGUUGUGCCUAG